AUGCCUCGCGCACCUCUCAAACGUCGCCACCUUAAUCGAAAUGGUCCCAUUCUUCGCGCCGCAAAAAUGAUCUCCACCAACAGUUCCGCUCGAAGAGAACUGGAACAAAAGUUGGCGCAUAAACCUAUUGGUCCGCGGCCGAAUGAUAGCGAUGACAGCGAUAGGCUCGUUGUCAAGGGAACUGGGAGGAGAGGCAACAAUGUUCCCAGGCAAGAAAUAUAUGCCUCUGGCGCCGUCGGCGCAGGUGAUCAGCCCGGAGCAUAUCCUAGCAGAGCUCAGAGGCGGAAAAAUAUGACAAAAGCCACGGAUGAAUUCCUUGCCAAUGAGCAGAAGAAGGCCCAAGAAGACGAGGAAUCCUUCGCUCUCACCACGAUGCAGCCUCAACCCGCUCGCAAGUCACCUCCUACCAAUGGGAUUGUCAGAAAUCCGACCAGCGCAAAGCAAGACAAAGGUGUCUAUCCAACAUCAUUAUCUUCCGCGAUGAAGCCCCCUUCAAGUAUACUGCGACCCAUCCAGCCUACACCGACAAGAGAAAACUCGAUUCUCGGCACCCUAAAACCCCGGCGACGACAACCCAGCAUUUUACAAAAUUUGGACAAUGACUCAUCCGCAUUUGAUCUCGAGGACGAAGAUCUCUUCCUUCCUGAUGCCGAAUCCACCCCCUUGAAUCUCACGAAAUCCCAACCUCAAAACGCCCUUUCGACACCUCCCACGAACCCAGAUCAUAUCUCUUCGCCGCGGAAACGUAAAUUUGGCGCAUCCGACGUCUUCCGGCCAAAUGCGGACACCCCCGUUCAACGGCGGACAACUUCACCUCUGGCAACGACGAAACUGUUGCACGGGACGCCUGAACCUUCUCUUCUGACGGUCCCUGUAUCCACUCUCCGAGAAUCAGGUCGAAGACAGCGUGAGUGUAUACGCGACGAGGACGAUAUCAUGGCUUUUCCAGAAAGCAGUUCUUCACAGCCAUCAUCGCCUGCAAAGCCCAAGUCUGUAGCACCGACAAAGAAAUCACGACAAAAAGAGGCCAAACCGGCCCCUGUCAUGACCACGGAGGAAUUGCAAGCUCUGAUGCCUACCAAAAAAAGGAGGACUGCGAGAGAACGCAAAAAACCGCCCAGCAGCUUCGACAUUCCCGCCGAUUCUGACUCACCAGAUCCUGACCAGGCCGCAUAUUCCGAUCGAGACGAUGAAUCCAGUUUUCUCCCUACGAAGGGGAGAAGGAAAGCAAGGCGGAAAGAACGGCCGUCCAAGCCAAGUAAUCCGCGGAUCAAAGCCAGUGUUGGCGUUGCGAAAUCUGGCAAAGUUGGAAAGCAGGGCACUUCCACUAAAGCUCGUGCUGCUGCAACUUCAAAAUCCAAAUCAAGUACGAUAAAUCUCAUCACUACUACCGCGCCUAUCCUUACGCCUUCCACAUCUACCUCUAGCAGAAGAAACCGCGAAACUAAGUCUCCGUCACAGCUUUCUACCGUCGAACCUUCGAAUAUCAAUAUCAUACGACCCAGCGAGGAUCUUUCGAACAAAGGCGGAGGAGGGCGGAGGCCGUAUGGUGGCUCCCUUCGCCGAGGACGAAGCAUAGCGGACGGAUACGACAAGGAGAAUCUAUAUCUCGAAGGCGAACCUAUUGUUGAACGCCCCGAAAGCGAGAAGCUGCCCGAGGCUGCUUCUGUGGUAUUUGACCCGGAGCGAGAGCAGGAGAAGAGGAAGGAGGUCACUGUCAGUAAAGGGAAGUGGGCAGAUAUUGAUGCUUGGAGUAUGGACUUUGAGGAUGUGGAGGUGAUCGGAUCAGGAAGCAGUUCGCCUAUGCGGCGGUGA